UCUGAGGCAGCAGGAGCCCACUCAGGGCACAGAGAGCCGGAGCAGCCCAGCAGCUCCGGGACAACUAGAGCAGCCCAGCGGCUCCCCAGAACGUUCCAAGGGAAACUUGCGUCCCGGCGCGCGUGCUGCUCCCACACGAAAGCAGCCCAGGCUCCGGGCAGAUCCCACAACCCUGGGCAUUCGUGGGAGCUAGUCCGGCUCAGCCGCUCCCAGCAGCCGCCUCCGCCUCCUCCAUCUCCGCUGUGUCUCCCCAAAAAAGGACAAGAAAAGAAAGGCUCGGCAGGCGUGAUGGCUCUGAGUUUCAGGAUCCAACUGCAGGUCCUGCUGCUUCUGGCCGGCCCGGGAGUGGGAGCCCCGCCCAAGGCAGGAGGGCGAAGGCGACAAGCGGAGGUGUUUUUGGAGAAGUAUGGGUACCUUCGUGAGCACGCCCCAGAAGCUUCCAGCUCCCCACAGCUCACCGAUGCCAUAAGGGAGUUCCAGUGGGUGUCCCACCUACCAGUCAGUGGGCUGCUGGAUACUGCCACGAUGCACCAAAUGACUCUGCCGCGGUGUGGGGUGGAUGACACAGAGAGCCAUUCAGCCUGGGAGGAGAGGCUCGGUUCGCUAUUUGCUGGACGCAGAGCCAAGAUGAGGCUCAAGAAACGCUUUGUGCAGCAAAGAGGCAAAUGGUACAAGCGCCAUCUUUCCUACCGCCUGGUGAACUGGCCCGAGUACCUGCCAGAGCCAGCAGUGCGGCGGGCCGUGCACGCGGCCUUCCAGGUGUGGAGCAACGUGUCCUCCCUGGAGUUCUGGGAAGCACCCACGUCAGUUCCUGCUGACAUCCGCCUCACCUUCUUCCAGGGUGAUCACAAUGAUGGGCUGAGCAACGCUUUUGAUGGGCCAGGAGGCGCCCUGGCCCAUGCCUUCCUCCCUCGUCGUGGGGAGGCACACUUCGAUCAGGAUGAGCGUUGGUCCUUCAAAAGUCGAAGGGGUCGGAACCUAUUCGUAGUGCUGGCCCAUGAGAUUGGCCACACACUGGGGUUGGGCCACUCCCCUGCUCCUCGGGCUCUCAUGGCGCCCUAUUACAAGAGGCUGGGACGGGACUCUGUGCUGAACUGGGAUGAUGUCCUGGCCAUCCAAAACCUGUAUGGACAGCCCCUGGGGGGCUCGGUGACUGAGCAGCUACCUGGGAAGCUCUUCACCAAUUUUGAGGACUGGGACCCCCCCAGGACCUGGGACAGGACCUCUGGAGUGAGAGGACCCUAUUACUGCCACUCUUUUUUUGACACCAUCACAGCAGACAAGGACCAUCGAGUCUACAUCUUUAAAGGAAGCAAUUUCUGGGAGGUAGGGGCUGAUGGCAAUGCUUCGAAACCGCAACUGCUGCAGGAGAAAUGGCCCGGUCUGCCCCCCAACAUUGAGGCAGCUGUUGUGUCCCAGGAUGAUGGAGACUUCUACUUCUUCAAAGAGGUGCUGAUGUUUGAGACAGAGGACCUGGUGCGUAGGAAGAAUGAAAAGCAUGUGGUUUUGUGCCUGCUGGAGCUGGGACGGCGCGCCUGGAGGUUUGGGGUAGCAGCUCCCACCCUGGUGCAUCUGGAGGAGGAGAUCGAGGAGGAACUGCGGCAAGAGCUGGCCCUGCCCCCACCUGACCCUCCUCCACCAGCUCCUCCUGCUCGGCAAGCCUGCCAUUUCAAAAACUUAGACCAAAUGGUGCAGAACCUGGUGAGUCACUGUACCUGCCCCGUGCAAUUCUCCAUGAUCAAAGUGUCUGAAGGAAAAUACCAAGUUGGGGAUUCCAACACACUCAUCUUUGUCAGGAUCUUGCGAAAUCAUGUGAUGGUCCGAGUAGGGGGUGGCUGGGACACACUAGGCCACUACCUGGAUAAACACGACCCCUGCCGAUGUACCUCUCUUUCUCACAAGAUGGGCAGCCCCCAGAAGCCACAGAUUCCCCCAGUACAGCAUGAGGUGAGAGUACAAGGGGGUUCUACACAGCUUCAGCCCAUUCUGACCAUCAGCCGUUCCCAGAGUCCUCUGCCCCCGGUGGAUUGGAAGACAUACACACCCUCAGGCCAUAAGCCGCGACCUCCCACCUCCUGCUCCCCAAGACCUCCCAAUAGGUGGGGGGCAGGUGAGGGGUCUCCAGGAGAGACAGCUGCACCUCAGAGGAGCCGGGAAAGAUCAGUCACUCCAUCCCAUUGGCUGUCACCAGCUGGAGAUAUAUCCCCAAAAUCCCAGUCCUCACUCACACGAACUGGCCGGGAUUUGCAGCAGGUUCCUUUAGGACAAUGGAAAGGCAGAUGCUCACCUGAGGCUCCCAGGGGAAGGACCCCUACCCACUGGAGCCCUGGAGAGAUGGGUGCCCGAGAAAGCUUUGUCACUGAUCCUACUCUUCAAAAGGUUUCAGCCCCUGAGGUGGCUCCUAAAGAAUCACUGGGAAGAGUUCUCUCUACCCUACCUGGUUCCUCCAAUCUAUCCAAGCCCUUUACCCUCAAACAAUCCCUUCUGGGUAUUGGAAAGCCUUCCCAGGAUCAGGCACAAAGAGUCAUUGCCUCCCAACUGAAGGACCCUGGAGUUGUCCGAUCUUCUUCCCCCAUUAAAGGGGUCAACAAGAUCCCCAUCUGUUCAGCUUCCAGCCACCCACUAACACUGGGGAGAAGUCCCUCAGAAUCUGGAAAUGGUAUCCCAGCUCCCACAACAGAAACAGGGGGAGACCCCACAUCCAUAAGGGUUGGGGCUGGAGGAAGAAACACUCCUCAGCCUAGAAAUGGAAGUCAGUCCCUGGAGGUGAGGUCAAGAGGCCAGGAUCAGACACUGGGCACUGUGACAGAGGCUGGAAGAGACCAUCCACCCAGGUACCAGCAUGGAAGACAGACAUUCACCACUCUACUCAUUGACAAGGCCAAGGAACAGGCACUCUACCAGAGCCCGGAAGAUGAGAUCUUGACCAAUACCAAGGUGCUAGAGGCCAGAGGAGACCGCCCAGGAGUGAUUCCUGGCCCCACAGAGCCCCCAGCAAUGCAUAUUCCUCGAAGUGGUGUGUAUGUCCCCCACCCCGGGGCACGGUGGCCAGUGCCUGGGGCUCUUUAUGAUAAUGUCAUUCAAGAACUGGCUGUAGAGCCCCCAGCCCUCCUCAAGGUGGACAUGGGUGGCUGGGGGAUGUCCAUCAUGCAUACUCCUGAGCUAGACCCAGCCCAAAGCAAAUGGGACUCAGAGGGAAAGAGGAGCUUGGAAGAGAAUAGGAUGGGGAGGAAGGCUGGCGCAGGGGUCAGAGGCGCAAAAGUGAAAAGAGCACCAGCUCCAGGAGAGCAGGGAGGCCAAUCCAGGACUCCAGUCCCUGAGGCCAAUGGCAAUGAAGUACCUCAACCCAUACUCACCUCAGACUUGGAAAAGUCCAAAGUGCCCACAGGGAAAGGCAGGAGGAUGUUGAAGAAGCCAGAGAGGAUACCAUCCAUUUAUAAGCUAAAGUUGAGACCCAAGAUCCGACCUCGUCGAGACCACCAUCCAGAAAAGCAGCCCUCCCGGAUUCCCACUCCCCUGGCCUACCACCAGAGACGAGCCAGGGUGCCUCCUACCACCCCUAGGUUGAGGGGUCAGGUAGGUAGUGCAGGAGAUGGGGGUUCAGCGGAUGAGGAAGAAAUCUCCCCAUCAGAGAUCAGCAGUGCCCUGUCCACUGAAAGCCUGGGAUCACAACCUGCUGGUCCAUCCUGGCUCCCACAGGACGAUGAGGAGUCUUGGGUCUAAAGUGGAAUCCAAACUUGAUCCAUCCCUCUGCUCAGUAUGUGGAGGUGGAGACAGGGAGGGACGAGGCUAAGAUAUUGACACUUUCAGAUUUCUGACCCUCCCACUCCACCCCACUCUUCACCCCUAGAAGGUGGGAGGUUUUCCUCCCUCCACUCUUUUCCCCAGGGUUUGAGCUAAAGAGGCCAAAGGUGAAAUAUUGCUUCAGUCCAGUUGUGGAGAGGACACAAACCCUCCUCAUUUUCAUACUCUAUUUUGGAAGGUGGCAAGGGAAACUUCCAAACCACUCUAUAACCUUGAAUGGCUCCCACUCCCAUCCUCCAACCAGGAGCCACUUCCUGACCCUCUUAUCUUUAUCUCCAGACCUCUGGAUCAAGCCUGAGUCUCUUCUCCCAAUUAAAUUAUUAAAGCUACAUGUGUCUUUGGA